AUGACUCAAGAUGGGAUCCUUUACCAUGCCAAGUCAAGCGUGAAGGUAGGGGAGGUCGAGCGCUACGUUAUUACUUACCAGCUCUACGAUGAGGACGAAGGACUGCCGGCAGAUCUCUCACUUAAUUCGUUAUGGCUCAAGGUGCGAAACCUUGAAAACUUCACUUUCAGAGCAGCGUAUUUAAUGGGGCCGUAUAUUCUCUACUGUGAUGUUAGAACAGAAGAUUACCACCACUCUCAAAGGCUAUUUGUCUCAGCAGAUCAACCAAAAUUCGAGCCCAUGCUACAGCCUCAACAAGACUUCAUCGCCGAACUGUCACUACACAACCUAAAAAAGACCUAUGUUUGGGUUGUCGAUGUUGUGAGCCAGAUAAUUUUCACUAAUACUACACAGAUCGGAUUUGAAGUUUCGAUCGGAUCGUCAAAAAAGUGUCUUUCCAAGUCGUCAGAUUGUGAUCCAAUGGUUGGUUCGUGCUCUCCAAAGCUGAACGUAACUAAGCUUAAUACUCUUGAUAUAUGGAACCUUCCCAACCAACUUUCAACACACGCGAGCCAAAAGGAACAUCUGGUUUUGUUGACACAUGGCCUACACUCAAAUGUGCCUGCAGAUCUUUUCUAUCUCAAAGAACAGAUCGAAAAAUGCCAGAAGUAUUAUGCAGACGAACAGAUCGUUGUUAAAGGCUAUGAUAAGAACGUGUGCAAGACUGAAAAGGGCAUAAAGUACCUGGGAACUCGAAUGGCGGAGUACAUUGUCAAUGAGCUCUAUCAUGACCGUGUGGUAAAGAUAUCUUUCAUUGGUCAUUCAUUAGGAGGCCUCGUGCAGACCUUCGCUAUAGCCUAUAUCUCCGUCAAAUAUCCAUGGUUUUUUCAGAAAGUUGAGCCAAUCAAUUUUAUAACACUUGCAUCCCCCCUGUUAGGCAUUGUGACAGACAACCCAGCGUAUGUCAAUAUACUUCUCUCUUUUGGUAUCGUAGGGAAAACAGGGCAAGAUUUGGGCCUCAAAGAAUCUGGUAAAGAUGGCAAGCCGCUGCUCUAUUGUUUACCAGGUGAACCAACUAAAAGAAUUCUGAAAAUGUUUAAAAGACGAACACUGUAUGCAAACGCUGUUAAUGAUGGUAUUGUUCCCCUGUACUCGGCAUCGCUCUUGUUUGCGGAUUACGAAGGCGUGGUCAACCAAUUAAAAGGGAUGCCUGAGUUUCAAGACAAACUUAGGACGACCGCUCCUGGAGAUUAUAUCAAAAGAAAUUUCUUGUCACCGUUGACCAAGGCUAUCAGUAUUUGGGCGCCGCAAAAGUUUCCAGAAGAAACCGAAUCUAAACUUCCUAAGGUGUCCGUCAUAGAGUCUGCAACUUCAGUGCUGAUUCCACCUUUACCGGAUAAAGCCUACGUAAUGGAUCCUAGUUCUCGAGAAAACGUUAUAUUACAUGACAGAAUAUACUCCGAAAAAGAUAUUCCUCCGAGAAACUCGCAGUCCGAAAAGGAUCUGAUUGAAAGCGAGAAUGUCCUUUUGAAAGCUUUUACUAUGUCUUCAGAGAAACACAACCAAACUUUAGAGGAAGAUAUUGCUAGAAAGUGGCAUGAAGGGCUUGUUUGGCGCAAGGUCAUUGUAGGUUUGAAACCCGAUGCCCAUAACAAUAUCAUCGUCAGAAGAAGAUUUGCAAAUGCGUAUGGAUGGCCCAUUAUAGAUCAUCUAACUCAAAAUCAUUUCAACGGCGCGGAAAGCGAAACUGCUGCACAUGGAGAAGCUCAGGAUAGAGGAACAAGUUCAUCUCCGGUACAAGAAAAUGAUGAGAAUAAAGAUAUUGGUUGGCUUGAUGGUAUCAGCAAGCCCUCGAUGUUUGAUGUCGGUCCAACAGGUAUGAUCUCAACAGUCGGUGAAAUAAUCGAUUCUCUGAGUAAGAAUAACUUUUUAUCGAAGAAAAGCACCACAGUGCACGACUUGCCAGCCGGGCCAUUUGAACAGCAAGAUCUCUUCAGUUAUGAAAUGGAAGAGAAGGAUUUGGCCUGA